AUGGCGGCGGGGGACGCGGAGCAAGUGCGGUACUGCGGCCGCUUCUCCUAUCUCUGCCUCAAGCUCACCCUAAUCACCUACUCCACCACCUUCUGGGUGAUUGGAGCCCUCGUCCUCGCUGUUGGCAUUUAUGCAGAAGUUGAAAGGCAGAAGUACAAAACUCUAGAAAGUGCUUUUCUAGCCCCAGCAAUUAUUUUAAUACUUUUGGGUAUUGUGAUGUUCCUCGUGUCUUUUGUGGGUGUACUGGCUUCUUUAAGGGACAAUUUAUGCCUUCUGCAAGCAUUCAUGUACAUUCUUGGUAUCUGCUUGCUGAUUGAGCUGACUGGUGGAGUGGUAGCCCUGAUCUUCAGAAACCAGACAAUCAACUUUUUGAAUGAUAACAUUAGAAGAGGAAUUGAGAAUUACUAUGAUGAUUUAGACUUCAAGAACAUCAUGGAUUCCGUUCAGAAGCAGUUUAAGUGCUGUGGUGGGGAAGAUUACAGAGACUGGUCACAGAAUGUGUACCACAACUGUGCAGCACCAGGACCGCUGGCAUGUGGGGUGCCUUACACCUGCUGUGUAUCAAAUAAGACAGGCAUUAUCAACACUAUGUGUGGAUACAAAACCAUUGACAAAGAGCGCCUGAGCGUUCAGCACAUCAUCUAUGUCCGUGGGUGCACCAAUGCUGUGCUGAUUUGGUUUCUGGACAACUACAGCAUCAUGGCUGGUGUGCUGCUGGGCAUAUUGCUGCCCCAGUUCCUGGGAGUGCUGCUGUCCUUACUUUACAUCACCAGGGUGGAAGAUAUCAUCACCGAGCACAAGAUGAGUGAAAGACUCUUUGAAGAGACAGAGCAGAGAUCUGCCCCUGACUUUGCUGGAGCUGGCUGCUGCAUGUGUUACCCAGGGUGACUUCAGAACCCUCAAACAGGGCUAUAAAAAGGGGCAAAUCCAGCUAUUCUGGUUUGUGCUGGCUGUGACAGACUGGGGGUGUAAGGAAUCAGCCAGCAGGCCGGUGGUGGGUCAGCAGCACGCCGACACCUCUGUGGCCUCAUU